CAGCGUUUUAACAUUCAUUUACUGUUCUAAAAUUAUAUUUGUGUAAUAACAUUGACUUUCUUAAAAAUACAAAAAUACAAAGAAAAAGUAGAGAAAUAACGACAAGGACAGGAAAUGACAAGAUAAGCUGAAGAACGACAGUAGAUAUUUGAGUCAGAUUUUUUUUCACCAAUUUUCAUUUUUAUCGCAGUUCGAAAUACAUAUUCACGUUGUAUGUACCACUUAAAACGUUAAAUGAACCCUGAUUUGAUUAUAUUCUGCACCUGUAUGUGGUAUAAAGGGAACCAAAGUUUGUCGGAUUCGACGGUUAUAUAAUUGAGUGCCUGUAUGAUACCCCACCAAGGACACAUUUAAAUACAUGUAACAAUAGUUUAUAUAUACACAUCGGUGGAACGAUACCGUCUAAUAGUUGUAGGGAAUAACCUCGAUCUGAUUAAUUCUUAUUUAAAAAUACCGUGUAGAUCUGGGUGUAGUGUGACCAGAAACUUGUAUAUCAGAUAUACAAGUCUCUGGUGUGACAUAGAAUCUGUAUGUACAAUGUAUUUACUCAAUAUGUUUAUUCUUAGUUGUGCAUGUAUAAAUAAUUCAAAGCGACUUCCUGUUGGGAUUCUGAUCUUCUGGUAAUAAUGUCAGAUAUUUUACCGAUGCAAAUAUACUGUUUCUAUAGACGGGCAGCUGGGGAAACCGACUAUAAUGUAGAUAUCUAUAAUGUGACCAAUUAUAUUGGGCGGAAAUUAGGCGAUAAUGUUAUUAUAAUCAAGAUAGGUCUACUUUGGGAACACAAUGCGAAACAGUAUUGAUCUAAACAAUACAGGAAUUGAUAGCUUAACAACGGGGGAAAAAUCCGCUAAUGACAGUCAAUAAAUAGCAAUGAUAGUAGUUAAGAGAUGUUGACGGCCGUUUACAAAUUGCAGAACACUUUAUACUCGAUUAUAUAGACACACAAGAUGAUGGAACUGGCGUAUGGGAAAUGUUCCUUCAAGCUGCACCCUGUCUCAGCCUUUCUCUUUCUUAUACUUUGUACGGGUUUACUGCUUCUUUAUGAGGAGGGGUAUCAAACAGAUAGAGUGACAAAGACUCUUAACUAUAUCCCAAGCCUUUCUGAUAAAACCAUUAAUUCAAAUUCUAACGGAAAUCAGGGUUCAGAGGUAGUUACCAUGCAGACAAGGAAGACGACGUCAAUGAAAAACCACACUGCCGUAAAAUCACUAAUGAAGUCCACUCAAAAACCGCUCAUCAUGUCUUCGAAACCAGCGAAACCCAUCGCCAAUACAUUAAAAGUAAGUCCCCAGAUUCAUGAAUGUUUGACCACAAAGGCACCGCCAGAUGGCAAUUAUCUCCGUGAUGCUCUACUACUUGGGAGACUGCCGACUAAGGCCGAAAUGUGUGUCAUGUCGGUGUCCCAUCUAGACACCUUACUACAAGCGUAUAUGAAUACUGUCCAGAUAUUGUGUGGUAGUAGUAUGGUGAGAAUGGGAGCUAGGAAAGACGGCGGCUGGGAUGUCUGUCCAAACGAUCGCUAUUUACAGAAGGACAACUGCCUAGUCUACUCGUUUGGAAUAAAUAACGACUUCAGCUUUGAUGAUGAAAUAGCUCGGGACUAUGGAUGUAAAGUACACUCAUUUGACCCAAGUAUGCGGAAAAAAGACCACAUCCGGAGCCAGAAACCGUUCGUGUCUUUUCAUGCUACGGGUCUUUCCAACUUUAUCGGUACAACUGCGGACAGGAAUCGUUGGAAGAUGAAGACAUUAUCUGCGAUUCGACAAGAACUAGGCCAUACACAGGUGAUGCCAGAUGUAUUGAAGAUGGAUAUAGAAUUUUCGGAAUGGAACGCGUUACCGGAGAUAUUACACAACACGCCUGUCAACGACCUACCGAAACAGCUUAUUGCAGAAUUCCACUACUUUGUGUUCAAAACGGACCUCAAAACGCACUGGCUCAAAGUGCUGUUUACAUUCAAAGAUUUGUACGAUGUAGGCUAUCGAAUAGCAUGGAUUUCCAGAAAUAUUGAUGUCAAUUGCAUUAAAAAGUCAAAGUCGACAGGCAAAAUGUAUUAUUUGUGCCACGAAGUGACAUUUCUUAAAGAAAUACCUCCUGCCGCUAGAAAAUCUAUUUAAAAUGUAAGUCAUUGUAAGAGUUUUGUGUAACGUGUUCUGCCAAUACUGUCGAUUUUCAAGGUUAUAAGUAUUGGUAUUAUCAUGAUAAUUGUAAAAUCAUGAAAUAUAGAUACCAUAUAAUUACAAUCAACAGAGAAACUGCGUCCCUUUUCAUAACUAUUAUGAACAAGUAUAUCAUUUGGAGUUCAUAGUUACCUUUACAGUGUUUCGUUCGUCUUGUUUAUUAGUAUUGUAUGCAUUAUCAUUUGUUAGACACUAAACAACAUCAAAACCAAAUAAUGUCUGCCUAUGUACACCGCUUUCACAAUCUGGAACAAUUCAGCUCUGGCAGAUUAGUAUUUCUAUAACUUACAAGUUAAAUAUCGAAAUGGUACUACCUGGUCCCCAGAUUCAUAUGUAUUCCUCAACUGAAGGGCAUCGCUAACUCAAAAUUUCCCAUAGGAAAGCAUAAAAAAAUCACGGGGAAUUUCUUUACAACUUUUCUUAAAUUCCUAUGGACAAUUCUAAAUUAGAAACUGUCCAACUUUAAGUUAAAGAAAGUAGAUGAUAUCGGGGUCAGUGUGUAGUAUGUUUUCACGCUACGUGGAACAUGUCCCUAACCUGUCUGUAUUCAGGACCAUUUGGUCUUAACCUCUACAGUUGGCGCGUUUGAAUGCUUUAACAAUGGAAGCUAGUGGUAUAGAUUUAAAAUAUACACUCUCUUUAAUAAAAUCUCAUAACAGUAUUAAAAUAAUUGAUGAUGUUUCAUUAAGUUUCCUGAACGUUGGGCUAAGUGACACAUUAAAGGAUAUUAGAAAUAAGAUAUACAUGUAACUGGAUAGCAAUAUUUAUCAUAAUGUGAGGGGUAAUCCCAUUCUAUUCUUGUUGUUGACUUCCAUUUCACCGAAAUGUAUGACAUAUUUUAUAUCAAAGAAUAUUCCGUUUGUGCCCAUUAUCUAAAUACAGAACGAUAUAGAUUCAAGCGAAAAUAGAUUUUGAAAAUUUUGAACUUUUAUAGAAACUUUCUACCAAAAUAGGUAGGUGUUAUUGAGCAUGACAUACAUAUAACAACUGCUGAAUAAUAGUCAGUUUCCGCGCUAACAGCUUAUACAUAUUUCUUGCACUGCCCUACCACUCACUCGUUUACACCUCAAGAAAUAAUAACCAUAAUAUUUUUGUUAAGAUUUGUAAUACAUUGUAAUACGUCCAUACAUUCAUUAGUGACAUUUCACUUGAAGUCAUAUCCGUACACCCAUUGAUAUUUUGAAGAAAAAA